AUGGGAGAUGAAAUUGAAUAUGGCUAUUACCACGAUUCAAUGGUUUUGAUGAAUAAAGGUGUAGAGUUGGAGCUGGUACGUAUCCUUAAAAUCUACACGGCAAUCGACUUCUCCGGAAACAGAUUUGAAGGAGAGAUUCCAAGUUCCAUCGGUCUAUUGAGAGAGCUUCAUGUGCUCAACUUGUCAAACAAUGCUUUCACUGGCCACAUCCCAUCAUCUAUGGGGAACCUGUCAGCUCUCGAGUCACUAGACGUUUCCAGAAACAAGCUCUCAGGAGAAAUUCCACAAGAGUUAGGGAAUCUCACGUUCCUUGAGUACAUGAACUUCUCCCAUAACCAUCUUAGAGGUCUCGUACCGGGAGGCACUCAGUUUCGAACUCAAAAGUGCUCUUCUUUCGGAGACAACUCAGGACUUUUGGACUCUUCUCUUGAAGACGUUUGCAAAGAUGUCCACAUUCCAGCAUUGCAACAGGAUGAGACGCCAGAGGCAGAGGAAGAAGACGAAGGAGGUGUUUAG